AUGACUUUUCAAUUCAAUUCAGGGGUUGGGACACUGAAACCGAACGUAAGUGAGAUAUAACUAUUUUUCAUAUAAAUUUUACUAAAUUACUGCACAAUGUUGAUGGCACUUUCGAUAUUUUUCAAUAUUUCUGACAGAACUGAAUAAAACAUCAAAUGUCAUCAAUUUAACUCGUUUAGAAUUACCAAAUUGAAUAAAUCCCUUCCAGUUGACUAGUUCCAUCAUGCUUAUGCAAGAAAACAUCAACGUUCAAUAUAUUCCAAGUUCCGUUGAUCAAUCAGUAACUGCCCAACAUGACGGGGUUCACAUAUAUCCUAAAUUUAUUGAGUUUAACGAGGCUAGCGAAGGGAUUACUUGCCAACAGCGUAUCAUCAUUAAGAAUACUGGAAAAAAGUCAGCUUUUAUUAAAGUUCAUCAGACCAAGUCGAUAUCGUUUCAAGUGAAAAGUUUAGACAAAGGAGUAAUUUUAAAUCCGGGACUAAGCAUACGCACGGUGGUCACGUAUUCCUUUAAGCGACCGUCUUUGUUGCGCACAGUAAUACCAAUUGAAAUCAACGGGAAGAUCUUUGAUUAUCGUGUCAUUUGUAAAUUAUUGAACGAAGGCAUUGAUAUCGAGCCAAAAUCAAUUGACUUUGGAAUCGUCGAUAUCGGCCAUUCUUCCGGCAUUAAAGUAAUUACCUUGAAAAACAAAGGUGGUCAAAGCACCAGAUUUUCGAUUGAUCUUGGUACAAAUGAUUUAGAAAUCACAGUUCAACCCAUGCGUGGGAUCGUUAAGCCAAAUAAGCCAGUUCAGUUGACCGUCGAAUUAAUCGGCAUGAACGAAGGCUCGUUUUUCAGUGAAUUUUGGAUCAAAUCAGUCCCAAAUAUACGCGUUCCUUUUAACGUUAAAGUGAUCGUACCGAAACUCGUGAUUUACCAUCCGAAUGCAACCGGAGAUUUCACCCUAAUUGAUUUCUCACGAACCGUUGUCAAUACUCGAAAGUACGAUUCGUUUGUUUUGCGAAACAUCUCCUCCCAAGUAGCUAGCUACGUCGUGCUGGGCGAAAUUGACAACGAACUCGUGUGCGUUCGGUUCGCGAAGUUACGUAGUUGUACUAGGAAAAACAAUGGAGAACGUAUUCGUUGAACGAGUAGUAUAUAAUUUCAGAUUCACGCCAAUAGACAGUUCAAUGUUAUGGCAAAAGACAGUGGAAAGGAAAUCGAAUGGACGCGAGAGGGAUCUCAUAGCAUUUCUAAGAAUCGUCAGAGUGCACGUCACUGAAACCAAACACAUUUUGAAGAACGUGCCAAUCAUGAGCGACUGUUCCUCGUCCUCGUCCACCGUGUCCACCCUGGAUUCUGGCCUGAACGACACCGUGAGACUGUGCCUGCACGGCGAGAUGGAAGCGGCGCGUUUUAUCUUCCAACCGGACACCCUCCAUUUUGGAGAGGUUCGCGUCGGCGAAGAUUCGCAGCGUGUCCUCCGUAUAUCGAAUCCACUGAAAUUCGCGCCAUUGCUCUGCAGUUAUGUACGCCAUGCGUCGACCUGUUGCUGUCCAGAGACAAUGACCUUGAAACCAGAAGGGUCCGUGGAAGUACUGUUGAAAGUUCGAGGAAAAGAAAAUGGUAGCCAACUACAAAAGAAUUGCACAAAAGCGGGGAAGGCUAAAUCAAGGAAAACGAGCGCUGCAAUAAAGUGUGAAGACGAUGACGAAGAGGAUGUUCUGCAAAAAGUCGCUCACAUUCCUAAAUGGAAAUACAAAAGUGCAUCAGAAACGGUGAAAUGCGCCAGGACUUUAGACAAAACGAUAUCAGCAUUAACAACCAGCAUUAAAGUGUUAAUACCCCUCUCUCCUUUGCAAAUAUAUAACAUACGGAUGUAUCCCACUCUGUUUGUAUUUGGAAUGGUUGUUCCAAGGAGUCGCAACUACAAACAGCUGGCCGUGGAAAAUCUGAACGACUUCCCGAUCAUGGUACGUCUGACAAGCUUAUCCGCCAGACGGAUACACUUCCCACAGGGGAAUCUAAUGAUUUUAUCAGCGGGUUCACGCGCCACGCGGCUAGUUGAAUUUCGAGCGCAUCAUAUUGGCAAAUUCAACGGCUACAUCGAUUACAUUAUCAACGACAAUCAUUCGUUCGAGCUUGGUGUCACCGCCAGCAUCGUUGAGAAACAGUUGUCGUUGGAUAUACGCGAGAUAGCACUCGGCCGAGAUUACUUCAACGAGGAGAUCUAUCAACCGAUGGACUGUGCUGUUCAAAUCAGGAACAAAUUGGACGCGAAAACGAACUUCCGAUGGGAAGUACCCAGUACGUGUUGCUUCUUCGUCGAGCCGGUGUCAGGCGUGAUUCGUGGGAAUGCUUCGUUGUUCACCUACAUACACUACAAGCCGGACUUUACAAGAUCCAGCUCUACGGAACUGAUGAUGAAGUGCGAGAAUAGUAGUUACAGCAACUUGCGUGUAAGCUUGCCACCGCGAACACCGAAGGUCAGUUUCAUCAAGGAUCUCAUAAACGUGGGUGAAAUCCCAUUGAAUCUGCCAACGAGGGCAGUCGCUUUCUUGAGAAAUUUCGAACACAUUGAAGUGGAAUUUGAGAUCGACGCCUCGUCGUUGAUUCGUGGAUGCAACGUUCAGCCUCUUCACGGCGUGUUGGCGCCUCGCGGAAUUGCUGUCCUUCAGGUCCAUUUGACGUUCAGCCUGUGCUUUCACUUCGCUCUGGCGAUUCGCGUGACGGUGCAGAAACGUUUGGACGUCCAGUUGAAACUGACAGGGGAUGUAGCGUUCCCGCAACUGAAGCUGCAACCGAGUUCCAUUAAUCUACGACGAUUGAGCGCAUCUGCGUAUCAACAUUGCUUGAUCACCGCGUCGAACAUCGGGACGACAAUGUUGAAGCUGAGAUUUCAGUUGAACGACUAUCCAGAAUUUCGUGUUUCGUUGUCCCCGCGAAGACAGCACCCUGGAAUAGGUAACGAGGACAUUUCAAUUGCUCCAAACACCAGUCAGGACUUUCAUCUUCACGUGGAGCCAGUGGACUUGGCGAGCUACGCCUUUUACCUUCCAAUCAUCGUCAACGAUAUACUUGGCCCGGCGUUAAUGACAAGCCACAAAUCUCUCAAACCUUUGGAAUACCUGAAGCAAUUCAAAAGCCAUUACGCCGGCGUGCCUAAUGUCAUUGUGCACAAGUUACCAUCUGCUAUCGUGACGAUGCCGAUCGACUGUACAGUCGCUGGACACUUGUUGUUCUUUAACAAGUUCGAGUUUCGUUUCAACGUUCUAACGGGCAACCUGUCGGACGAAUUCUCUAUAGAGAAUCGCGACUCGUUGGAGGAGAAGUACGUUCGAAUUGACACUAGCAGUUUCUCCACUGCCUCCUGUCCAUUUUCUAUCCAGUGGCUAGACGGCCGAGAACCAAUUGUAAUGUCGGAUCACAUUCAAUGCGCAUUGCGAAAGGGUGAACGAUGCAAAUUUCUGCUAACGUUUCGACCCAAGUUCCAAGGGAAUUUCACCGCCGAGGCACCGAUCUUUAUCCACGACGAGUCAAGUGGCGAGAUGUUUAACAAACUCUGCCUGAUCGGCGAACGUCCCGCGAGCACCAUCGAAGCUGAGUUCCCCGAAAUAUUUUUCGCCCCGGUGCCGUUAAGCACUUCGCUCGAGAAGAAGUUUCGGCUGUACGUCAGGCAUUUUGAGAACGAUGCAGUUAUUUCGGCGAGAAUUUCUCCAUCGCCUGAAUACUGCAGUGGAAAGUUCAUAGAUAAUGUUCUUCUCGUACGUUUUGUUGAUACGAAUGUAGUGCUUGCUUCUGAAUACACGGAACUGGUGGUGAGGUUAGUUUUUAAAAGCGAGAUGCCCGUCUCGCUUCGCGCGAUCGUCGAAUUUUCCGAUGACAAUGGGAUUGCUGUUUGCCCCGUAGCGAUUCACGCCACUUCCGAAAAUUGUUUGCUGACCACGCACGCGUACGUGAGGAACUCGUUGAUCGAUCAUAAAUGGUCAGCGAGCGUCGAUCGAAGGACACCCCGUGUUUCUAAAACGUCCGAGAGCUUCACCGACGACGAAGACUAUAAUCUAGAUAUUCUGAAAUCGAAUCAAUCGAAAAUAGACAUUCUAACAUAUUUCGGCCGAAAGAGUCGAAUCUCGGAUGAGAAAUUAAUUGAGGAUAGAUUGAAAUUCUACGAGUACUUCGACGAGAGGGCUAACGUCGAUAAAACAGAGGGAGAGACGAAGAAAUAUCUGCCGGAAAUAUCGAAAGGAGAGUCGAAAGUGUCCAUCACGGUGUCUAACAAUAAGACAAAGUACGAAGACGCUCAAGAAUCGUUGCGAUACCCGUUCUUUCCAUCCAACAUCGAGGACGAGUGGGCCCACCCUGUAUACUUGACGUUUAAUCGUGACUUAAUUGCUCUAAUGUCACCCAGUAAAUUCGAGAUUUAUAUGAAUCGAACGCUGAAAGCCGCCGAGGAAUGGAUGCACAGCGGACCUUUUAAAUUCAAUUUUUACGCUGACGUUACGUCCAUCAAGAUGGUACUGUCCAAGUAUUACUCGAAGAAACCAGCGCAGUUCAAAACCACGACGCGGAAAGGUCUGGAAUUAGGGUUCGUCGGUGUGCUCGAAUCGUUGAUAGGGCCAACAAUUUAUGAACAUAUUGGACAAUUCAAAGAACUGCCAGAGAAAGACAUCGACAGGGUGAAUUACAUAUGCAAUCUUUACGACAGUGUUCUUCAGUUUUUGACAAAACACGGAGCUCACUUGUGCCACGUUCAGCCACAAUUUUUGCUGGACUACGAAGAAUAUGUCAUCUCUUUAGAAACGAUAUAUUCACGUUCUAAAGUCUACACACGAAGACCCGGGAUAGAAUUGUCAGUGGAAGAAAAAUUGUCGCCCCUGAAGUUCCUAAAUCGGAGCAAACAGUGUUGGCUAGACGUGAUCCUGCAAACGUAUAAAUGUUUCAUACUGCCGCGUGUUUCCGAGAUCGAGGAAGACCCUUCGCAAUCUCCCAGACGAUCUACGAUCCAGCGAGCAUCCGUAAUAUUCUCUCCAUCGAGUUUCCGCAAGCAAUACGAAGCUCGCAGCGCGAUUGUUGGCAACGUUAACGCGGAUAUUUCGUCCAAAGCACCUGACAGUAAUACCUACUCCUUCGACGAGUUGUUCCUGUUGGAAUGGUUGCGCCAUCAUUACGAAGAAGGACGCAAACAGGAAUGGAUGAUCGACCAUCGCGUAAUAUUGAAUCCGAACGAGAGCAAAGACGUGGCAGAGGCACGUAAAAUCGAGAAUUUCGACAGAGAUCUGUCGGACUCCCUCGUGUUAAUUGCUGUCACAGCUGCCUACUGUCCCUUCCUCGUUGACGAGUACUUGAGCAAGCUUUACAUUCGUCCACGGAAUUACGAGGAGGGGAACAGAGACUGUACUGUUUUAAAGGCACUGCACAAUGCUGUAUGCUUGAUAAACGCUUGGAGAAAAAUACGACUUGGUUUUGUCAUUUCACCAUUGGACAUCGUAUAUCCAAACUGCGUUAAAAUGUUGAUGCUGGUUGGAUAUUUGUUCGACAUACUACCGACUUACACUCCCAAAGCUAAGGUCAGAUUUAGCUGUCCCCUGUCCGAGACUGUAACCAAGCAAUUAAAUUUCACGAAUCCCACUGUGCACAAUGUCGGUUUCUUGGUACUGUUUUUUGGGAAUAAUAACGAAUUCUUCGCGUUACCUUCCUCACAGUCGAUUAUCAAUCUCAGUGGCCGUGGAAGUUCCAUAAUAAAGAUACAAUUCCACGCUAAGAAAAUAAAAAAGACUAAAGCUUAUUUGUUGUUUUGCGGGUCGACAAUUGGCCCUCAUUUUGGCAAGAAUCAAACAUUCAUUUUGGAAGGGCAAGCUGACUGUUUAGGAAUUGCAAACGAAUACACAAUACGUAGUAAGCUGUACCAACCAGUCGAUAAAACUCUCAUUAUUAGUGUGCCGUAUGAGAAUUCAACGGAAUAUGAAAUUUGGGCAUCGGAUGAACGGCCAAGUAAACCGAGUACUUUGAAACAAACGCGAUGGUCAGAGUUACGUUUAAGAAAGAUACCUCGUAGAUUAUUCCUAAAUCAAAAUUCAAUUGUAGUCGAAGGAAGUAGCAAAGUAGCUCAUCUGUCGCUCACACUGGUCUGUCUCUCUCCUCGUCAUCGAAGCUUCUGGAUCAUUUUCCAAUCAAAGAUUGGCGACUUUAUCGUUCAAACUAGCGUGGCAGAACUAAAACGUUAAAUUAAAUAUCUUCAUUCAGAUAAUACGUGAUAAAACAUUUUGGAUGAGAAACAUCCUUGACGCUUGUAUCAAGUUGCAAGGACAAUGUACUAAUUAAUAUGACAAACGUAGAUAAACUCUCAAUGGCAAUCAUCUUUAACCGAUAACAUCGUGGUCAAUUGGGACGAACAGAUUGAAAGAUGUACUUGCACAGAACAGGACUACAAUGAAAUGUGUCCAUUGAACUUAACCGUGCCGAUACCAUCGAAAAACAAACAACUUUGGAGAUGCGUGGCUCACAUGUUUCAGAAAACUCUCGACCCGAAAGAACGACUUUUCUGGUCUCGAUAUUUGGGUAUGUUUUGUUCGGCUACACAACCAAGAAUUGAACUUGAUUUGUAAUAAUCUAUCGUAUGUCUUAUUCUAUGAAGAUACGCCUAUUGGAUUGCGUUUAAUUCGUUGGUUAAUGAGAGACAAUACGGAUUCCGCUGCUGCAGAGUUUAGCCAUAUAUUUGACGCGACAGUGAUUUACAACGUGACGAUAUCCGAAACGCCUCACGUUCUCCGAUUUCCCAAGACAUUUACUAUAAAUGGUUAGUAUGAAAUAUGAAAACAUGUUUCAAUAAAAAAAAAAAAUCAAGUAGAUAUAUCAGGAGUUGACUUAAAAAACUUUAAAGUGUAAAAAAAUUGACGAACUCUUUUAAGUUUUAUAAGUUAAUUUUUUAAAGAUUUCCAAGUUACAAAAAAUGUUUAACUUAGAAACGAGAUCAGGAUUAAUUAUUGAUAUAAAAGUUCACGUCAUUCUGGAACUAGAAGGAUAUAUUAAAAUUAUUGAUUUAGAUGUGAGAUCGUCUGCUGAGAAUAUUCCAAUGAAGAUACAUGUUUCGCCAUUCGUAAAUCGACUGUGCGAAAUAAUACUAACAUUGACCUCUGUCAAUGAGAGUGAACAAAGAGUGUACAAAGUCUGCAUUUUACAUACGUGAACGUGAGUGACACAUUCGUUACCAACAGUCGUUUUUAAAGGAAUAGAAUCCAGUAGAUAUUUACUCAGUAUCAUAAAUUGUUUUAUCUAUUAUAUCACAUCAUUCUUUAUUCUCAGCUAUACAUUACAUACGCAUGAUUGUCUCCUGCUUGCAUGAUCUCAGUUUGAAGUUGAAAUGUUCUUAAAUUUGUUAGAGAAGAAGUCAAUAAAAUAAUCUUAUAUCGAAGGUCUAAUAAAAUUGUGUUACUGUCGUUCGUUGCACAGACAAUUGAAAAGAUAUUUAUCUUUCCAAUUGUCAUAUCUCACGAUUCCGCUUAUAGAAUACUACUGCUUAAAAGUUUUAGAUCAUUCGAUAAGAUCUGGAUUUUUUCUAUAAAAUUAUAGGAAAACCACUGGGUAAAUACAUAGAGCUCAAUUUCUUUUGUAAUUCAACAACGACUAACUCAUCUUGGUUUUCUAUACUCUUAUAGCAAAAAGAAAUGCAAAUAUAACUUAAACUUAACAAAAAUGGAUAUUUAUCUAUUUAUACUUGCUACUGUAAUUAGAUAGAUUGAUUUCUACACUAUUGUAUAACAUGAAUUGUGUAAAUAAUCGUUCAUCGAAACAACUGUAAUAAUUUUUUUCAUUUCAUGGGUAUUAAUUGACUAUGAAAAUGACUAUUAAUAUCAUGUUCAAGAUAUACGAUAAUAUUAAUCUAAUAUACCAAUUCUAAUAAUUUUAAUAAUAGAAUUAAAAUUUUUUUUCCUUUAGCUUCUUACAGCUUUUUUUUUGCACUUUUUAAUUUUAAUUUUAAUUUUAA